AUCGGCGGCGAGCGAGGACAAGACGCUGAAGGUUUUUCCGGGGAUGUGGCACCAGUUGAUCGGCGAGCCCAAGGAGAGCGUGGACCUUGUCUGUGGCACCAUCUUGGACUGGUUAGUUGACAGAGCACAGAAGGCCAAGGCCAAGAAGAACACCAAAAAUUAAAAACAAAACAAAAAAGAAAAAGAAAGAAAAAUACUUACCUCCAUUUUUAUUGGUAUGUUUUUAUACCAAUAAAAAUACGUCACAUCAAAAAAUCAGUGAGAAAAAUAAGAAAAAAAUCUUAUUGAUUGAUCGACGUAUAAGUAAGUAUUUUUCAAAAAUAAAUUUCGGGUAAUGUAAUAGAGAAAGAAAGGUGUAAUUUGUUGGUUGUUGUUGAAUGUAAACUAAUGGUUUCAAAUAUGUUAGGGUGUGUUUGUGUGUCCAAAAAUAAAUAUCUGUUGACUGUGGUACAAAUAAGUAAUGUACUGUCAAACAUCCCUUUUCAAUUGCAAUUUAAACCAUCAAUGGGUGGUUCAACUUUAAA